AUGUCCGGUAUCGGCUCCUCGACGGGGACAGGUACGCGCAAAAGGGAUCAGUCGAUCCGGCUUCAAACCCUGAAAGGCCUGGUGACGACCACACCGGAAGAGCUGAGCAGGUGGCAGGCACUAGGUGAAGCGACCCAAAAAGCUGCAAUGUCAGGGACAUCUACUGGUAUCCUCAUCAUAAUGAGAUCUGAGCUUAGUGGCAAGAAAAGACAAUUCUAUGAUGCUUGGACGUGUGUUGGUUCACACUUGUCAUACGAGCAAUUAACUACACGGAGUCCACGGACCGUUAUAAAUCAGGAAAAUCCAGUGAAACUUACACUUCUCACUUCUCCAAUUGAUGAAAGUAAUUGUGCUUGUGCCUGUACCACACCGUGUGAAGAGCAGAGUCAUCUUGAGGUGCAAAGGGAAGGGGAUGAGGGAGACACAUAUGUUUUGAGACACCCAGGAUUAAUGCCUCAAGAUACGUAUGUGCAUCCAGUAUAUGGUUGA